GAAAGAAAUAAAUAGAAUAAGGUACCAAAAAAAAUCAAUAAUUUUUUUCAACAAGGAGUAUAUAAAGACAAUGAUAUACAAUAAGAAAUAAUAAUCUUAUACAAACGUUCCUUUGUUGCCAGAAGAUAUGCGUAUUAAAAAGGCAUUGGAGUAUUGUCUUUUUUUAAUACUUUUAUUUCUAAGUAUUCAUAUAUCCGAUGCCAUUGGUAACCUUAAAGAUAAUAAUAAUACUACUAGCUAUCAAAAGUAUCCACAUACUCGUUACUAUCAACUAAAUAUUACAAGUAAAAGAUACAAUGCAGACUGCUCUGAUCAUCAAUCCUCAGUUCUUAUGGUCAACAAUCGUUUGCCCGGAACCCCAAUCUAUUUAGUGAAGGGAGAUCGCGUUUUAUUGAAUGUAUGUAACAAUAUUGAACCUGAUACGCGCAUUAAUGGUGGUGUAGGUUGGGAUAUUAUUGUUCAUUUGCACGGUAUUCUUCAAAUAGGAUCUCCCGGUUCAGAUGGUGUUCCUUAUUUAACACAAAGACCAAUUGCUCCAGGUGAAUGCUUUUUACACGACGUUACCGUCGUAAAUCAGGAAGGUACUUACUUUUAUCAUGCUCAUGUUGGUCUUAAGGAAAUGAGUGUAUAUGGUGCUAUCAUUGUCUAUGAAUCUGAAAGGGCCGUCCCCAAAUCUUCUCCUAUUUAUAAAAAAGGAAAUCAUCGUAAUAAGGCAAUGGUACAAGAUGGUCCUUUCAAAUAUCAUGAUGAGCAUACCCUUCUAAUUAGCGAAUGGUUUCAUGCAGAUACCGGUCAAUUUGAAGAGUAUUUCUUAGGCACUAAUUUUGCGGGACUCAUUGAUGCGGAUACAAUCUUGAUCAACGGCCAAGGUAUCUACAAUGAAGAAAUUGAUAUUGAUAAUUCCUGUAAAGGGUAUGCAAUUAUUCCAGUUGAGCCUUCAAAAACUUUGCGUCUUCGUAUUAUUGGUGGGUUAAUAUUCCGUACUAUAGGCUUUGCUUUAGCUGGUCAUAAAAUGAAGGUCAUUGAAGUUGAUGGCAAUUAUGUGAAACCCUAUGAAGUUGAUUAUCUUGAGGUAUCUCCAGCUCAGCGAUUCUCUGUUCUUAUUACAACUGACCAAGCUCCAGGAGAUUAUGGUAUUAAUAUCCAACGACGGUUAGUUGAUUCUAACAUUAGAAUGACAAAUGGGCAUGCUAUUAUGCGAUAUCAAAAAAAGGCAAGCUCUUUUAAGGCUUGGUAUUUUAAUCCUCAAACGAAUCAACGUUCAGGUACAAGAAUCAUUUCGGCCCCGGAGAACCAACCAGUUUUUCCAGCCGAUGAUACUCACCAUUGGUAUUGGAAUCAUUUAGUACCUUAUUAUGGUGUUGAUCAUAUUGCAUCAAAAAAAGUGAAAAGUAAUAGGACAAUCCUACUUCGAUCUUCAACAGAGAGCAUUAAUAAUAUCACACACUGGUAUGUAAAUAAUGAAGCACAUACUGAAGACAGCGGCCAUACAAGCGUACUUUUAUAUGAUGUAUUAAAUAAAACUAGACCUCUGCCAAAUCCCCGUAAUAGAGAUCGAGUUACUGGUUAUGACUCUGUGCUUAAGACGUAUCCUCUACAGUCUCAAGAGAUUGUAGACAUUGUUCUUCAAACAACUCUGGAUAAUAAUGAUAAUUGUCGUUAUCACCCAUGGCAUACACAUGGUCACUUUCAUUGGGAGAUUGCUUAUGGACAUGGUGAAUAUAUAGAAAAACGGGAUGGACAUAUACGCAACGUACCUACUCCUAUAGCUAAAGAUUUGACUCUAGUAUAUGUAGAUAGUGACGAAGAAAUUCUUAAUAAUAAUAAAGACAAAAAGCAUCGUGGUUGCGGUUGGUCAAAGAUUCGAAUUAUUGCUAAUAAUCCUGGUAUAUGGGCUAUACAUUGUCAUGUUACGCCUCAUAUGUUUAUGGGUAUGAUGGCUGUAUUAGAAGAAGCUCCAGAGUUAAUUAAUGAUAAUAUGCUACCUUCAAAAUAUUAGAAGAAGAAAAAGACCAGAUUUAGUAUAAAAGAGUCAAUACAUAUAUGUAUACAUAUAUAAA